AUGGCCGCCGGCGGAGGGGGGUGGGUGGGUGAGCUCUCGUCGCUCAUCACUGAAGCAUGGGCUUGCUCUGCUAGCAGAGGUCUGGGGGCUGGUGGCGUGAGGCCUAUGGUGGGGGCGGGCGCAGUGGUGGAGGUGGCUGGAGAGGAGGCUGGGGCUGGGGCUGGUGGAGGCUCGGGCAGCGGCGCCGCCGGAGCGCCCUUCGAGGGAGCGGAGAGGGCAGCCAUCCGCCAAUGGCCUCUUCAGCCACGUUUAGUUGCGCCGAGUUGGCGCCGCCUGAAAGGUUUGGAAUUGUUCAUUCGUUGUGGAUCAGCAUAA